CCAGGGGUGGAAGUAACGAAUUACAACUACUCACGUUACUGUAAUUAAGUACUUUUAUCGGGUACUUGUACUUUUAUGAGUAUAUUUUAAAAUCUGUAAUUUUACUUGUAUUUAAGUACGAAUUAAAGUAAAGAAUCUACUUCGCUACAAUUAAAAUGACAAUUCGUUCCUGAGUACGCCAAAAAUUUGAAUUAAUAUUCAGACUUUUGACAGGCAUUUCGGUAGCCAAUAAAAGUAUCCGAUGGCAAACGGACCAAUGACCCCUGAUAUUUGGACUUGAAAAAAGCACCCGCCCCCGCUGCAGCAGGUUUUGAUCAUAAUCGCACAGUGAAGGAGCUCGGAGUAAUGUAAGGAUUGAAGGUUUGGAGAAACAAACUUCAUGGAGGACAGCAACAUUCAAAGCAGUGAAAAAGACCAAGAAAUACUGGAGGAUGAGUGCCCCUGGCCGCACCUGGAGGAGCUGUUCACGUACAGAGGGAGGAAAGGAGACAGCGUGCUAAUGCAGUGCAAACUUUGUUUGCCAUCUGCGAUGAUUUCGGCAUACAAGACUUCAGCCUCUAAUCUCAAAAAACACAUUAUGAGGAAACAUCCAUCAAAGAUUGAUCAGUACCAUGACAUCAUUGCGACAUCAGCUAGUUGUCAACGGAAGACCACAGCCACACCAAACAAGCUCUCAGCAAGUAAGCAAGCCAAGUUACCAGAUAUGAUGUUGGCACCUGUAAGCAAACGUGUCCCUCAAGCAACUAUUGACAAGCUUAUCAUCAAUUUCAUAUGUGAAGGUCUACAGCCAUUUGCAGUAGUUGAACAGCCAGCUUUCAAAGAAUUAAUUACCACAUUGCAACCUCAUGCCAAAGUCAUCUCCAGGUCCACUGUUCGUACCAGAAUCUGUGAUGCUGCCGAGGACAUGAAGACAACUAUAAUUGCAGAACUGGGUAAAGCCAAAUUUGUUGCAACCACCACUGAUUGUUGGUCAGCUCAUCAGAAAAGUUACCUUGGCGUCACUUGCCAUUGGAUAGAGGAAGAGUCCUUGGAAAGAAGAUCUGCAGCACUAGCGUGCAAAAGAUUGAGAGGGUCUCACACAUUUGACAUGAUUGCUAGUGCUCUUGAUGAUGUCCAUUGCCAAUACAAGAUUAGAGACAAAGUUGUAAGGACGACAACUGAUAGUGGAUCCAACUUUAUCAAAGCUUUCCAUGUGUUUGGGGCACAGAAUGAUGCAGAGGUAGAUGAGGAUGAAGCAGACUUGGAUGCUCUUGAUGUGAGUGACCAUAUUGAAUAUCAUGAUACAAGUGUAAUCCUUGAUGAAGACUCUGGUAUGGAAUAUCAACUACCCCCACAUCAACGAUGUGCAUGUCACCUGUUAAAUCUUGUGGCAACAGCAGAUACAGCUCUUGCAGAGUGCAUGAAUGACACCUACAAAAGGCUUUUCCGUGCAACCUUUGCAAAAUGCCAGGGCAUUUGGAACAAAACUGGGCGAUCUCAUUUGGCUAGUGAAGUAGUAGAGGACAAGUGUGGGCUACAGAUCAUUCGUCCCAGUGCAACACGGUGGAAUUCAACCUAUCUUGCCAUUGAAAGAAUAAUACGCAUCAUUGACGAGAAGGGGGAAGAUGCCAUGAGAAGUGUAUGUGACGAAUUCAAGGUGAAAAUGUUGAGUCCUGCAGAAGUUGCAUUCCUCCGGGAGUAUUGCAUCACCAUGAAGCCGCUGGUAAAAGCUUCAAACAUUCUCCAGUCAGAGUCCAGCACCUACAUGGGAUGGUUGCUGCCAGUAAUCCACCAACUUCUAUCAAAACUGAACAGGCUGGAGACAUCAAGCAAGACCUGCAUGCCACUCAUCAAAGCCCUGCAAAAUGGCCUGCAGAAGCUUUUUGGACAGAUGAUGGCGGAUCCAGACUUGGCUGCUGCUGCAGUCCUUUUACCCAAGUUCAAGACCUCCUGGACUGACAGAGCAGAUGUUAUAGAGGCUGCCUUGACAUACCUGAAACAACAUCUUGAAACCACGGAGCAUGAGAGUGAGCAUCAGCAGAGAGAGUCAUCUGAUGAUGAUGAUUUCUUCUCCAGACCACUCUCCAGAAUGAUGCAAAGUCCCAUUGAGCUUGAUGGUUACCUUGCAUGUGCCCCGGACAGCAUGGAGCUGCUUCACUCCUUCCCAGCAAUCAAGAAGCUGUCUCUUAAGCUAAAUACAGCUCUGCCUGCAUCAGCUGCAUGCGAACGGCUUUUUAGCUGUGCUGGUCUACUAUUCACAUCCAAACGAAGCCGGAUAGACUCUAUGAAUUUUGAAAAUCAGCUUUUGCUGAAACUUAACAAAAGGUUCAGAAAGUGAACUGUCCAAGACAUGUUUCUUAUGUCCAAGGCUUUAAGGCCCUUGCCCAGCUGUUUGUUUGCAGUACUCUGGUAAAAGUUUAUACUACAGGCAAAACUCCUGUUUAAUCUUUGUUUGUUUAGAAAACAAAUUUCUUAAAUUUGAUCCAUUCAUAUACUUCAUCAGUAAUGUAGAAAUAUUUGUAGUAGCUGUUUUCCACAUGGUUCUCCGAUUUGAUUCAAUGGUUUUUGAUAAUUCAUUAAAUAUCAACAUCCAAAAAGUAA